AUGACUAAGAAAACUUUCUUUUCGACUCUUGUUUCCUUCUCCUUUUGCAUUUUUUUAUUGUUCGGCUAUUCUUUCUCGGAGACUAAAGUUGAAAGCACAAGUAUCGAGAAAUCUUAUGUGACAAAAAGUGCUACUGUUCAUUGGUCACGACGCGCUUUUCCAUUUGUCCCACCACCACCAAAAUCUAAUAGUGGUGGCAAUAUUUUUCCUCCAAUUCCUGGCGGUGAUGUGCCAAAAUUACCCCUUCCACCAUUGCCUGGUUUUAAAUUUCCACCAAUUCCUCCAAUUGCUUUUCCACCAUUGCCUGAUUUUAAAUUUCCUCCAAUAUUUCCUCCAUUUCCUGGAACUCCUUCUAAUGAUGGUGCCAAAGGUGAUAAAGAUAAUGAGAAGAAUUGA